CGCGUAGCAAUACGACGCGUAGUAAUACGACGCGUAAUAAUACAGUGCGCAGUAAUUCGACGUAUAUUUACGUCACGCGUAUUUAUACGACACGUGACAAUUCAGCGCAUAAUAAUUCGACGUAUAUUUACGUCACAUGACAGUUCGGCGCGUAAUAAUACGGCGCGCAAUAAUUCGACGUAUAUUUACGUCACGCGUAUUUAUACGUAACGUAACAGUUCAGCGCGUAAUAAUGUGACGUAUAUUUACGUCACGCGACAGUUCGACGCGUAAUAAUACGUCGCGCAAUAAUUCGACGAAUAUUUACGUCACGCGUAUUUAUAUGACACAUGACAGUACAGCGCGUAAUACUGUGACGUAUAUUUACGUCACGCGACAGUUCGACACGUAAUAGUACGGCGUGCAAUAAUUCGACGUAUAUGUACGUCAUGCGUAUUUAUACGUCACGUGACAGUACAGCGCGUAAUACUGUGACGUAUAUUUACGUCACGUGACAGUUCGGCAUGUAAUAAUAUGACGCACAGUAAUUCGACGUAUAUUUACGCAGCGUGUACUUACACUUCGCGUGCAGGUGAACGUAACCGAAUAAAAAUGGCUGUUCAGACGCCUUACCUGAACGCCAUUCAGGCGAUACCUGGCGACACGAUGAACCAAAAAUUUGGAUGGAUAGCGCGGACAACGAAGCAGCGAUUACUCGAAUGCAACAGCCUCGAGGAGGUAGCCGAGGCGCAGAACAUCCCUAAAUCGCUGAUACCUUUGAUUCAGGUGCAGGCGGCUUUGAUACUCAACAAAAAGGACAGCACGAAUCAGCAAAGUUACCAGGCCAUAGCGGAGGCUCUAAAAUCGAGAGACGCGUUAGUCGCGAACAAAGCGUUCGAGUCCCGCCGGUUCUUCGACGGCACCAACAAAACGAUCACCAGUGUACAGUACUUUUUCGAGAACCUGUUCCCGUACGUGUCGCUGAAGAUCAGAACGCGUAUCAUAAAGACCCUAGCUAAUCGUCUGAGAUCGAAGAACACCGACCUGGCCGAAUGUUUCUUCGUCGCGGUCAGCAAGACUUACGGGCUACAGCAGGCGUUGCCGCUGCUGCUCGCGUGCAGCGACAGCUUCAUGUACAACACCAUCGUGGAGAAGAGGAUCGUGCUGGGCCGGAAACAGGGCAAGGACAUCUUCCGCAGGAAUCCGGACUUCAUGGUGAAGUACCUGAAGCUGACCAAAGUCGGCGACAGACCGAACGAGAGGGAUCUUCAUCCCGUGAACGUGUUCGAGUUCACGGACUUCCUACCGGCUCUCAUCAAGAAAAGACUGAACUCCUUCGUCGAACUCUACGAGACGUACAACAUUCGCACCCCGAUGCUAAGCAACAAGUGCGCCGAGACCUUCCUGAAGAACGGCAAGGAGCACCUACUGCGGAAUCCCCAACUGUAUAUUUGUAUACUGCCCCUGAAGCUGAUCAGCGCGAACCGCAUGGAGAGCAUCUUCGCGAAACUGUUCCCGAGGAACAUCGAUCAGUUCAACACCGACGCAAUGUUGAACUACCUGAACUUCUACCCGCAGGAGAAGAAAGUGGACUUCUUCCUGAAAACCUACCGACAGGUGUAUCAAAAAGACUUGCUGGAGACGUCGAAAAACGUGACGCCUAGAUUGCUACGGAUGCUGCCUCUCGAGGAGCGAGCGAAGCAAGCGAGGAUCAAAUUAGCCGAGGUGGACGACGACUCGUGGAACGCGACUCUGAUAAGCUACUCGAAAUGUUGGAAGAGCUAUCUAUCUACCGAGGAAGCACUGCCCAACUUCAAGAAGCAGGUCGCAGGAACGUCUAAGAUGGAGGACAGAGCGAUCAUACUGCGCCAGAUGAUCUUCUGCUGCAGAGUGAACAACGACGAUCAAGCACUGCUGGACGUUCUGAAGUACAUCAACGACAGACACAGGAACGAGCAACAGUGGCUGUUCCUGAGGGUGUUCGAGUGUCUGGUGGAACAGUACGAGACUCCCGAGUUCAACGAGAACCACAUGGCGAUUCUGACAGAGAUGAUACUGCGUCUGCGGACGAAGAACGAGUUGACAGGAGACAGCGUCUGCGAGAAGAUUAUAGAAUUCAUCAUCCACUUCAAGAUCAUCAACAAGCAGCCCUUGGACCAGAUGAUGGAGGUACUGAUCGAGUCGAAGUGCGCCAGUUAUGCGAACGACUGGAACAUUCUCACAAAGUACCCGGAGUACGAGAGGAUGUGUUUGGAGGCCUGUCUGGCGAUCCUCUCGCAGAAGUACGACUCCGAGAAGGCGCCCUGGCACAAGGACAAGGUCGGCGCCGUGUUCGACCUGUCCAACUCGAUGUACGUCUUCAACGGCAGGCACGUGAACAAGAACAGCUCGGUGCAGCGCAUGUCCGUCAAGAACUACCCUUGGCUACUGCAGAAGAUCACCGAGGUCCUGUCGGAGAAAAAAAUGCACGACGUCUACCUCAUGAACAACUUCAAGCGCAUGUUAGAGGAGCACGAGAAGGACCUUCUCCUGCGUUUCUGGCCGGAGGAGGCGUUGAAGAUCGCCAACGUCGAGUCGGGAGAGGCUCUGAAGCUGCUGAGGAAGAGCCCGGAGAGCAUCCUGGCGCGAUGGAGGGAGUACGUGGAAGCCGCCCAGAGGAGUCUACACAGCAGAAGCGUCAGACGCUUCGUCAGAACCACGCUGUGGUACAAGGACAUCCCCGUCAGAUUCGUCGAGGAGAGCUUCCGAAACAUGAACGAAAACACAACCUUCGACAGCCUGGGCAUCUUCGCCAUCCUCCUCCACGGCGACACGUUCGCCCAGCUCGUCGAACCUCUGAUCCCCGCCGUGAAAACGAUCGACGUGCACGGAGAGAACGCCAAGAUGGACUACCUGCAGGUGGUCAGCAUAGCCAGGGCCUCCAAGAUAGUCAACCCCCCGCUGCCCCUGCACCUGGUAGCCAGACUGCUCGAAGGAGAGUUCCUGAACGUAGCCCUGAUCAUUCUGACCAACACCUGCCGACGCACUCCGCUGAUAGAGGCGCUCUCGUUCGCAGAGACGAUGAGCAGCCAGAGGGUGUCCGUGAAGAAGCACGGCAUAAGGCUGAUGCACAUGAUCGCCCCUCGCGACAAGCUCCUGCAUUUCCUCCUCUCGAAGUGGGAGUCCGAGAACCACCAUUCCAUCCGCGAGGUGAUCUUCGCCAAAGCCAGAGACCUGUUCGUGAACGACCUCGACGAGAACACCUGGAAGAUGUUCAGUCGCCUGGUCGCUACCCUGACGGUCAGCGAGAAGUCCGCCGUGAUGGAGCUGAUGCAGCUGAUCCGACAAGUCCCCGACCAGAUGGUGGUCGAGCUGGUGAAGCUGAUCCUCGACUCGAUCGACAGGUUCGCGCAAGCCGGCGUCUCGAAGAAGGAGACCAUCUCGAACACCGCCAACCUGCUGACCUUCAUCAACAUCGCCGAGUGCAGACUCCUCCCCGACGACUUCGUCGAGCAGCUCCUCCGCAGGUUCCUCUUCCACGUGGAACCGGAGAUCGCCGCGUCCGCCACGGAGUUCGUGAUCGACAAGUACCUGUUCCCGACCGAGGACAUCGAGAAGCGGUUCAACCUGUUCGCCAGGGUGUUCGUAGAGGCGGUGAAGACCGGCUGGGACGUGCCUUCAAGGCCGUCGUUCUUCCCGGUGAACCACGGUGUCCACCACUUCGUGUCCAAAUUUACGUACAACGUUUGCUCGUCGAAGGAAAAGAGUCUGAAGUUGGUUGAAGCGUUCCGGAAGAUGUUCUCGUCGGUAGUGACGUCGCUGAUGAACCCCACGUCGUUCCUGAAUUUGAUGUACCUGAAGGAGUACGUGGCACUGAACGAGCCCAAGAAAUUCGGCGCCAGGAUAGGUCAGAUGUUGCCGGAACUAGUCAACGCCUUCUCCCUCGCGUUCAUACCGUUCAUGGCCGACGUCCUGCGGGAGCUGGCCUUGAGGUACAGGAUCGAGGGCUACGAGCAGGAUCAGCUGAUGCUGGGAGUAGUGGAGGGUCUGGUGGAGACGGGGACCACGGAGGCGAUGCUGAUGGCCGUGAACGUGUUCAAGCCGAUGAAGAGAGACAACUACGCGGACAGGUACGACAACCUGGUGCGGAAGUUCAGCAGCUUCAAGCAUCCGGCGGUCAACGGCAUCAUCGCCGACGUUCUCAACACCGCGUGUUAGAGUGUUACGCGGCAGAUACGAUGCCAGACCGAUCUGCAUGAUGCAGCGAGGAUUUGCUUCGGAGGAAGUUUUUGGAAGAUGAAAUUUGCGGUCGAUGGAAUUUGUCGAUGGAGUUCGACGGGAGUUUUGUACUUGUUAAUGACGUACAAAUACGACAGACUCGCUCUGUCAAUAUUCAUUUAUUUUCUUAUCAAAUGUAUUUUUGUACUAUACGCUUGGAAUAUUAUUUAAUACCGCUUUACGCGUGUACUGUUCGAUCAGGUUCACCUGGUCUGCACGCGUGAGUAACUUGAUUAAUAAAAUGUUGUGCAAAAAG